AUGUACUUUGUUAUCGAGGAAUGGAAAAAUGUCAUUAUAAAACCUAGUCAGUUGGGACCAAGAUAUCAACAGUUCAUAGAAGAUAUGCUAAGAAACAGUGUUGAAGGACAAUGUAAUGCAAAAUAUGGGUAUAUCAUUUGUGUUAUUAGAAUAAUACAUAGCGAACCUGGACGUGUUCAGGAUGGAACAGGAAUGAUUGUUGUUAAGGUUAAAUAUCAAGCUAUUGUUUUUAAGCCAUUUAAGGAUGAAGUGCUCGAUGCUGUCGUAACAGACGUUAAUAAGUUGGGCUUCUUUGCUCAGGCAGGGCCUUUAAAAAUAUUUAUUUCGAGGACAGCUAUUCCGAAAUAUUUUGAGUACUCAGAAGACACACACUACCCUUGUUUUUCGUCAGGAGACUAUAACAUAAAACCGCAAACAACAGUACGAAUAAAAUUGCAAGGUAUACGAUAUGACUUAUCCAAUAUGUUUGCCAUUGCUACAAUUAAUAAUGAAUAUCUUGGCUGCAUUGAAUCAAAUACGUUACAAGUCAUGUAA